AUGAUUAGGUGGAGUUUUGCCAAACAGUCGGAGCCGUGCGGUUCAUUCAUCGUGAGGGACAGCUCUGACGAGCACUACAUCUUCAGCUUAACCUUUAAGUUGAAUGGUUUAGUACGACACGUGCGCAUCGAACAUGACCAGGGAAACUUCAGUUUCGGUUCCCUCCAGAAGUUCAAAAGCAAUACAAUCGUCGACUUCAUAGAGAACGCUGUCCAGCACUCGAGGAGCGGACGGUUCCUGUUUUUCCUGCACCGGCGACCAGUGAUGGGUCCGAUGCGCGUCCAACUCCUACACCCCGUCUCGCGCUUCAAACAAAUACAAUCACUUCAACACAUGUGUCGGUUCGUAAUACUGAAGCACGUGCGCCGGGAUCUCAUCGAUGACCUACCGCUGCCUAAAAUGCUUAAAUGCUACUUAAAUACCCCGUAUUAUUAUUCAGAAGAAUUAGCGCUUAUGAGUGAACAGCAAUCAAACACAAACCCAAACCCAAACCCAAACCCAAACACAAACCCACAACACGAGCCAACUUUGCCUCCAAAUACUAGUCAAUCGGAAACUUAAAUAUUUACAAAAAUAUUCAUUUUAUUUAAUUAUAAAAAUAAAAUAUAAAUAUAUAUUUAAAUUGUCA